AUGAAUGGCCCUCUCUUCUGGGGAAGAAUCCAUGAGCCACAUGAUGACGGGGAUGUUGUAGGUGACGCCCUGGAAGAAGAUUGGGAUGGUGCCGUGGCCUGGAGGAGGUUGACCGUCGUUGUGGGUGAAGACGGCGGUCUUGGGCUGCAGGGAGGGGUAGGUCUCGAUGAGGACCGUCGGCACCCGCUGCGAGAGGACGCUGAAAUGGGCAUCCAAAAUUUCCAGUUCCCACAAACGAUGAACAGACGGAGCGUGUGGAACAGAGCCUCUGUUUAUCUGUAUAUCUCGAUUGCUGUUCGGAUUAACAGGCGGCGCGUGUGUACACGAAAUGCAUCUUGUAACGGUAACCCUCCUGACGCCGUUGAUCAGGUUAGUGACGUGACUGAGCGCCGUGCGAAUUGCGACGGUUGUUACCCGGCUGCUAAACCAGGCGUUCACCUUCAGCUUCUUCUUUCCGGUGGCCUCGUCGAUGAUGAGAUAGAAAUAGAAAUCGAGGUUCAGGCGGGCGUAGUGUGCAUGUGA